UGGUAGCCACUCUGCUCACGUUAAAUAGACCCAUGGAUGAACCUUCUUGCACAACAAGAAACAAAGUAGCUUUUUGAGAAAGGUAGUGUGGAUAAAUUCAAGAGAGAAAAGCGAAAAUCGGAUUUGUACUUUUCCUAUCCCCUCCCAUCUCUUCUUCUAUAUAACCGUUCGAAUUCUCCAAGCAUACACAUCUCAAUGUUUCGGUGUUUUGGUCACAGAACAAUGUUUAAUGCCAUGUCUAUUGUUGAACUUGGAGUUCAUAUGGACUGUGAAGGAUGUGAAAAAAGGAUAAGAAAAGCCAUCUCUAAGCUAGAAGGAGUUGAUACUGUGGACAUUGAUAUUGAGAAACAAAAGGUGACGGUGACCGGCUAUGUCGAUCAACGGAAGGUUCUCAAGGCGGUGAGACGUACAGGUAGAAAGGCGGAGUUCUGGCCGUACCCUUACGACGGGGAAUAUCAUCCGUACGCAAUUCAGUACCUCGAGGACUCGACGUACACCUCUACGUAUAAUUACUACAGGCAUGGAUACAAUUCAGUGGUGCAAGGAUACUUCCCUGACCCGGCGUAUUCUACUAUUGUUGAUGAUCACACCGCAGCGCUUUUCAGUGACGAAAAUGUUCAUGCAUGUGUCAUCAUGUGAAGGGAUACACUCAUUACCGAUGGUCUCCAACCGUUAGUAUAAUACCCUAAUGAAGUCAUUAAAAAUAUAAGUAAUUCUAUA